GGUAGCAAUAUAACGGAAUGGACAAAACAACUUCUUGAUAAAGCAGCAAGUGAGGAACCGGAUUGUACGGCAUAGAAGUGAAUCGGAGGAAUUUGAAGUGGAGACUGGAGAUGGCGAAGGUCGUUGACGUUGAGCGUUAUAGUGAAGACAAUAAGAAACAGGCGCAAGAAUUAGAAGAUGAAGAAAGCUUCUCGUAUGCUGUGCAGCUUGGCAACUCUGUUGUGCUUCCCAUGGCACUCAAAUCCGCAACUGAUCUGGGCGUAUUUGAUGUAUUGCAGAAAGCUGGUAGCGGUGCUAACCUCUCUGCAAAGGAGAUUGCAUCCCAGCUUUCAUGCGAGAACCCUCAAGCACCAACGAUGUUAGAUCGUCUCCUUGCUCUUCUAGCCUCUCACUCUAUACUUAAAUGUUCGGUCCUUCCUGUUCCUGAUGAGAAAAACCUUGGAUCCUUUCAAAGACUAUAUAGCAUGGCUCCUGUCGCCAAAUUCUUCGCCCCCGAUUCUGAUGGUUUUUCAUUAGGGCCCUUGUUGGCCUUGUUACAAGAUAAGAUCUUCUUAGAAAGCUGGUCCCAGCUGAAAGAUGCGAUUCGGGAAGGGGGCAUUCCAUUCAACAGGGUUCAUGGUACACAUGCCUUUGAGUAUCCAGGCUUGGACUCAAGGUUCAAUGAUGUUUUUAAUUCAGCAAUGAUCAAUCACACCACUCUAGUUAUGAAGAAGGUUCUGGAAUGCUACAAAGGUUUUGAUGACAUAAAAAGGCUUGUGGAUGUUGGUGGUGGUCUUGGAAUUAACAUUAACAUGAUCACUUCCAAAUACCCUCAUAUCCAGGGUGUCAAUUUCGACUUGCCUCAUGUCAUAGAACUCGCCCCUUCCUAUCCUGGAGUGGAACACGUUGGCGGAGAUAUGUUUGCAAGUGUGCCUAAGGGAGAUGCCAUCUUUAUGAAGUGGAUACUUCAUGAUUGGAGUGAUGAGCACUGCUUGAAGCUGUUGAAGAAUUGCUAUGAUGCAAUUCCUGAUGAUGGAAAGGUGAUAGUAGUGGAGGCAGUUCUUCCUAUUAUACCUGAGACUAAUGCUGCUUGGAAGUCGGUGUCCCAAACGGAUGUUCUAAUGAUGACACAAAACCCUGGAGGGAAAGAGCGAAGUGAGCAAGAAUACAUGGAAUUGGCAACUGCAGCUGGAUUUAGUGGCAUUAGAUAUGAAUGCUAUGUCCGCACCUUUUGGGUUAUGGAGUUCUUCAAGUAAAUACCAUGUGCUACUGCUGCCUUGUGGAAUUGUAGCUUUUUCCUACUUCUGGUUUCCUAUUACAAAACAAGCUCAAAUGUGUACUACAUUCAGUAUUUCAAUUUAUAAUAAUCCCCCCCACGGUGUGCAUGGUGAUAAAAGUGAUAUGAAACAGUAUU